CAUCAUGUCUGCAAAAACCAAUGCAACUGUCAAGGGCGGCGUCAACAGAGGCGACACCUUCGAGAAACCCCCACCUUCCGCAUUCUCAUCCUACGAAAAGCCUCCGUUGAGUGCAAUCAUCAACUGCGACGACUUUGAAGAAGUGGCAAAGAACACUUUGGCUNNAAAAAAGACAUGGGCUUUCUACAGUUCGGCAGCAACGGAUUGUUAUACAUACGAGAGAAACCGUAGUUUCUUCAGCCGUAUCUGGUUCAGGCCCCGUAUUCUGAGGAACGUCAGCAAAAUCAAUACCACAACGACCAUUCUUGGUCAUGAUGUCGGUGUGCCGUUUAUGGUGCACCCGGCCGCUUUGGUCAAGUUGGUGCAUCCGGAUGGUGAGAAAGGUAUUGCGAGAGGUUUGAGCAAGGAAAACGUGCCAUACUGCGUCGUUUCUUCCGUACCAAAGGGCCAACCCUUCUUCUUCCAACUCUACGUAAACAAGGACCGCAAGCAGUCAGAAGAGCUUCUCAAGAAAGUGCGCGCUGCCGGCUGCACGGCCGUCUUCGUCACAGUCGACGCACCCGUACCAGGCAAGCGCGAAGCCGACGAGAGGGUAUCUGCAGAUCCCAGCACAAGCGCACCCAAUUCGGGUGCUCAAGCCGUCAACGACAAGAAAGGCGGUGGUCUGGGCAGAAUCAUGGGCAGCUACAUCGACAGCAGUUUGAGCUGGGACGACAUGCAAUGGCUGCGUCGUUGCUGGGACGGCAAGAUCGUUCUCAAGGGUAUCAUGAGCGCAGAUGAUGCUAAGAUGGCUGCUGAUGCUGGUGUCGACGGUAUUGUGCUGAGCAACCAUGGCGGCAGGAGCUUGGACACUUCGCCACCUUCCAUCAUGAUCCUGCUCGAGUGCCAGCGCCGUUGUCCAGAGAUUUUCGAACGUCUUGAGGUUUAUGUCGAUGGUGGAAUCCGCCGAGGUGCUGAUAUCCUGAAGUGUCUUUGUCUGGGUGCAAAGGCAGUUGGUCUAGGACGACCUUUCUUGUACUCAGUAAAUUACGGAGCCGAAGGAGUGGACCACAUGGUUGACAUCCUAAAAGACGAGCUUGAGACAAGCAUGAAGUUGGUCGGCAUCAACAACCUCUCAGAGGUGCAUCCUGGUCUGAUCAACAGCUUGGACGUCGACCAUCUAGUGCCUACCGCAGCGGAUCACCCUUAUGCUAAAUGGAGUCCAACGAGGAGACCAAAGCGGUCGGCACGCUUG